GGGGACUGUCCGGGCGGGCGGCGGUUGGUCGGUGGAGUACCAGCGGAGCGGACCGUCAUGGACAGGACGGCCGUAGUGAAGGUCGGAGCCGCGGCCAGCGCUAGCGUCUGUGCCCUGUUCGGUGGCGUCGUUCUGGCCCAGUACAUCGUCGCCAAGAAGAAGCGCGCGGGCAAGAAAACCAGGAUCAUAGAGAUGAUGCCUCAGUUCGAGAAGACGACGGUCCACAUGAGGGACCCCGAGAGGGUGGAGCAGAUCAUCUGUGGCCUCAUCAAAGGAGGAGCUUCCAAACUGCAGAUCAUCACAGACUUCGACAUGACGUUAAGCAAGUUUGCCGUCAACGGUAAACGCUGCCCGACGUGUCACAAUAUCAUUGAUAACUGCAAGCUGGUGACAGAGGAGUGCAGGCAGAAGCUGCUGCAGCUGAAGAAUAAAUAUUAUCCCAUCGAGAUCGACCCUCAUCUCACCAUGGAAGAGAAAUACCCAUUCAUGGUGGAGUGGUAUUUCAAGUCUCACACGCUACUCGUGGAGCAGCGGAUAGAGAAAGACAAACUGUCAGAGGUGGUGAGAGAGUCUGAUGCUGCACUCAGGGAAGGCUAUGAGCAGUUCUUCGACCGCCUCCAGCAGCACAAUGUGCCUGUCUUCAUCUUCUCCGCUGGCCUGGGCGACGUCCUGGAGGAAAUCAUCCGUCAAGCCGGAGUCUACCACCCCAACGUCAAGGUCGUCUCCAACUUCAUGGACUUUGACGACAAUGGCGUCCUGAGGGGCUUCAAAGGCGAGUUGAUCCACGUGUACAACAAACACGAUGGUGCCCUGCGGAACACGGAGUACUUCAAACAGCUGAAGGAGUACUGCAACAUCAUCCUGAUGGGCGACUCGCUGGGGGACCUCAGCAUGGCCGACGGAGUGCCCAACGUGGAGAACAUCCUCAAGAUCGGCUUCCUCAACGACAAGGUGGAAGAGCGACUGGACAAAUAUCUGGACUCUUAUGACAUCGUCCUGGUGAAGGACGAGACUCUGGAAGUGCCCAACGCCAUCCUCCAGAAGGUUCUAUAACUCCUCCACCCAGUCCACCCCUCUCCUCCCAUCAGCCCCUUCCAGCCUCGGGCCGAUCAGACUUCUAACACCAACUGAAACCUUUGGCACUGGUCCAGAGUGGUCAAUAUUUACCCCACCACUUGCUCUGGAUCCUGGAUCCCCCCACCCUGUAAAAACCUUUUUAAAAGACAUCUCCUGAAUGAACUGUUUUAAACCUCCACGCAGCAGCAUCAGCCUGUCUCUGGUGUGUUUUGUCCUUUUGAAUCAUUUCUGAUGUUGUUUUAUGAUAAAAAAAAAAAUAACCAAAAGUGAGAUGGAAAAAAAAACGAACACCAGCUCUCACUCCAUCUUUAUAGUUUGCCAUUGUUAUUCAUCGGAUUAUUUUUGAUAUGGUAAUAUUUGUAUACCAUAAGACGGGUGGCCACAGAUGGACACAGUGUUUUCUUCGCAGCUAUCCCAGCAUGCUUUAGUUCCUCUAAGUACAUGAGUCGGGUGUUAGAUGUCGACCUGGUCAGACUAUGAAACUGAGCCGUUGGUGUCAGACAUGAAGCAAGUUACAUUAGAGCUUUUGUGGGUCAUGGAAGUAAUUCAGUACAUAAAGGACCUUUUGAAAAUGUAAUUCCUAGUAAAUAUUUAAAUGUGUUGCUCGGUGACAGCAGCAGUAUAAUGACCACCGACAGAAUUUGUUUCAGUUUGUCAAGUUGACACUCAGAUGAUCAGAGGGAAUGCACUUUAAAUUCUGUGUACAGGAGAACCAGCCUGUACAUGAACACUUGUGACAGUAGCUUGGAUCUGUGGAUGUAGGAACAUGUUCCUGCACAGAAAAGCCAUGUUUACAUAAACUUUUUUUUUUUUAAAACCCUAAUGUGCUCAUUUGGCAUCAUAUCACCGCACAGAAGAAGAAGCAGCUCUUUCUUCUCGAAACAUUUGUGCCCUUUUGGAUUUGUGAGUUUCCCUGCACGGCUGACUCAACAAUCGAGUGUUCUCCAUGCCAGUGUUUAAGGUUAAAGAGGUAUUAAGUGCUCAUCAGUGGGAAUUACAACAGUAAAAUCCCCUUGAACCAAAGUAACAGGUAAAGUGCUGCAAAAUUACAAUAUUUCUAAAGAAUAGUUCUCCGUGUCAGUAAACAGAGGGAAGCACACAGCUGCCUGUGGCACAGUAAAACCCAGCAUAAGACCCAUUUAAGUUCAUCACCUUUUCAUUCUGUGGUUAAAAUAGAGCACUACCUCUAAAAUAUUCAUCUUCGUCUUUUUGGGAGGGUCAAAGCUAAAACGUCACCGUCUCCAUUUGUCGCAACAUGUUGUGCUGAAUGUUCUCUUUGACUUUGUGUUUUAAAUGUGCUGCUAUCACCUGCAUGUUGCCUUUUCUUAUCGAUAGUUUUUGUCAAAGAAAUGGGAGACUAAAGAAUAUAUAUCAAUAAAACAGGGAAUAAUGUCAUACUGUUUAUGUGGCCGUUAUAUGAAAUGUAUAGUCUUUCAUUGCAUUUGGAGAGACCUCCAAAAGUAUAGACCGGUGUGUUGUAUUUUUAUAAGCAGAUGGCUUUCUCUUUUCUUUGAUGGUGUGAAAAUGCAAUAAAAUCUCAUUUGGUGA